GUAUUGUGAAAGGGCAGCGGAACAGCUUCAUGUGCUCCACCUCUCUGUGUCCUGUGUGGGAUGCUGAGCACAGAUGAUGCUGACGGAUACAGGGCAGAUGUGGACGCGCAGCUCUAGUUUGUGACAAUAGAAACUUCCAGAUAACGUUGGCAAAAUGACAGUUUGAAUGCUUAUAACAACAUACCACGAGUUCACACUGCAAAUUAUACAAAACGCCCUCGGAUUGCACAUCUGAGCUCUCCACGGUAAGGAUGCUUCAGCCGUGCGCAUCUGGACAAUUUGACGCCUCGGAUAAAACGAUACCGACGUUGUUUUUACGCGCGACUUGCCUGAGAGGAAGUGUGCAUGGAAACCCACAGAAACCCCAGUUUUAGAAGAUGCUCCUGAUCAUGGGAUACUGUUUGUGUUUAAAUGACUGUUGUCCAGCAUUAGCGCGUUGUCUCUAUGGAGUUGCGACAUUUGCUCCUCUAAUCCCUCAUAAACACGACUGUGCGUAAUGUUGCCGCGGGGACAAACACACCAAAGCACGUGACAGGAGGAGGAAAAAACGACAUGAAAAACGAUUAUCAGCAAAUAGACCCAAAGACACUUCCCAUGCCCGCUCCGAGCCAUCCUCCAGCCCCGCGCGGAGGAGACCAGGAGGAGAGGCAGCCCCAGGAGCAGAGGAGGAAAGCCCGCAGGAAGUGGCAGGUGUUCCCCGGGAGGAACCGCUUCUUCUGCGAUGGACGCAUCAUCCUGGCCCGGAAAAGUGGAGUCUUACCCCUCACUCUAGGGCUGAUCCUCGUCACCAGUGGACUUUUCUUUGUGUUUGACUGCCCCUUCUUGGUCCAACAUCUGACCAUGUGUGUCCCAGUUAUCGGAGGGGUGCUUUUUGUCUUCGUCCUCAUCACACUUCUGCAGACAACCUUGACUGAUCCAGGAAUCCUACCCCGAGCCACACCGGACGAGGCUGCGGACAUCGAGAAGCAAAUCGAUGAGUCCAGAAACGGUGGCUACCAGUCCCCGCCGCGCACUCGGGAGGUGGAGAUCAACGGGCAAGUGGUCAAGCUUAAGUACUGCCCCACGUGUAAGAUGUUCCGGCCGCCUCGCACCUCUCACUGCAGAGUGUGUGACAACUGUGUGGAGCGCUUCGACCAUCACUGCCCGUGGGUGGGGAACUGUGUGGGAAAACGCAACUACAGAUUCUUCUACUUCUUCAUCGUGUCUCUGUCCUUCCACACAGCCUUUAUUUUUGGCUGCGUGACCACACAUCUCGCUCUCAGGGCUCAGGGCGGCAAAGGACUUGUAUUUGCACUUCAAGAGAGUCCGGGCAGUGCAGUGGAACUGGUUGUGUGUUUUUUCUCUGUUUGGUCCAUUGUGGGCCUCUCGGGCUUCCAUACAUACCUUGUAGCUUCCAACCGGACCACCAAUGAAGAUAUUAAAGGCUCGUGGUCGGGGAAGAGUGGAGGGGAGCCGGUGACAAACCCAUACAGCCACAGAAACAUCUGUAAAAACUGCUGCUCCAUCCUUUGUGGACCUAUGCCCCCCAGUUUGAUUGACAGACGAGGUUUCCUGCCUGAAGACGAAUGUGUGCAGACAGGAGAUGGUGGGGACAUAGAGCUGCCCGUGCUGACCACUAAGAAUGAGAUAAAUAUGUGCACACAGGGCACUAAAGGUCUUCUGGAGUCGGCGGCGCGCUCUCCGCUCCUGUCCAGCUCAUGUCCUCAGGGAAAACCUCAGUCACGGCACACCUGCUCGGACAUCCGCCUCAGCGUGCAGACCCACCCUGCUACGGAGCUGUCCAACAUUUGUCCCGCUCCUCCUCAGUCCUCUCCGCCGCUCCAAACCAAUACUCACACCUCUCCACCGCAACGAACCAAAAAUCACUCAUCCAAGAGGAAAAAACACACAGCUUUGCACAUGCCGAACUCUGGCUUUGAGGAUCCAGUGCCCCCUACCUCUGUGGAAGUAGACCGCCAACACCAUCACCACCGGCAUCAUCAUCGCUCCAAAGUACGAGGUCCACGACAUUGACUGAAUCCCAUCUCUGUGCUGGCACCCUCUGAAAUGCAUGCAGUUCACUUAUGUUCUCCCAGCACGGUCUCACACGGCAAAUGAGUGUAAAUGUUAUGUUUCCAGAAAAGACAAAUAUUAAAAAUUUUAAUGCCUUCUGAAAAUUUCUAAACAGCACCUUCUUAUCUCCAUGAUGAUUUUAUUCUUUUGCCCAGGAAUGUUCCACAGUAUGGCAUUAAAUUAAUAUAUCUUGCAUUUUUUCACUUAGAGCAUUUUUAUUUCUCAAACAUACAUGCAUUCUGUCUGUGAGCAGGGUGACCUCUCCACAGAUAUAACCUGUAACUUGGCCUGGUGGUGUCAUCUGUUUGUCUCCAUGGAGAUAGAUAAAUUGAUUGCCAUAUUAAGGAACAUUCUACACAAGGAAAUAACAUGUAAAAGAAAAGUGAUACAUAGGCCUAAUUAGUAAUAAUAUAAUUAGAACAUGUCAAGGAUGGGGUUGAAAUUUAAGGUAAGAAUAGGUGCAAUAAUUAAUAAAUAUUUUGUUACUUUUUUCUUUUUCAACAUUCACAGAACAAAGAGCACAACUGUGUCAUAUGUUUUGUUGAUGCCAAAAAGAAAAAAACAACAACCAAGCCUUUUUUCCUUUUAUCAACUGGACUAAAACACUAAAACAUUUUCAAAGGCUUGGUGGAUUUUGGUGGAUUUUCCCCCACAAUAACCUGCUCAAAACAUUAAGAUGGUCUAGAAUAAUCCUCUGCUAUUAUUAUGUCCUGAGCUGGAAACAUAACAGUACAACAGCAGAGACUGUGUCCUUUUCUUCCAUGUUCUUUCUCUGGGAAUGGUAAUCACUUAAAUGUGGUUUUAAAAAACACCAAAGCAAAAACAAUACUUGUGUUUGGGUUGGCAUUAGCUGUAGAAUGGAAAUGUUCUCUUUAGGGCUGCAUAUGCCUCUAUGUUGAUGUGAAUUUAUCAGCCUGUCAGCAUCAGUGAGGUCACACAGUUGGAGAUGGUUGUCAUUGCGGUCGUCAGUGCAUUGUGACUAAAAGAAAAGUCAAUUCCAAUGUGGAAUUUGCAUCAGUGGCAUCUCCAUUAUAAAGCAAUGAAGGUUAUCCAAAGCUGAAGCGCAGAGGGACAGUUUGUGGGGAUGAGGUCAUCUACCGACAUGUGCAGUAGGAUUUGGGGAUUUGGGAAGCAGAUUUAAUACACUAUAGGGACAUUUUACAGCUUAACCAGUAUCAGCCUGGUGCACAACUGUCACUCUUACCAGACACUGAUGUUAUGUCUGAAAAAUGAGCUAGUUCUGCUACAGAGCUUUACUUAAACACCACAGAAGAGAGGAACCAAUAUUUAGUGAGACUUGAAAAUUCAUACCUGCAACUUGUCAACUUUUUAAAGGAAAAAUGUUUUCCCUUGAUUUGACUUUGGUUUUCAAAUUAGCUGCACUUAGCGUGUCAAAAUUAUAUGCCAAAGUGAACAGGUGACUAGCAUCUUGACAGAUUGCUGCAGUUAGAUCAAAACAUUGUAAAACAGCCUACGGAGGCAUUUGAUCAUAUAUUUUAGGAUUGGAAAUAUCAUUACGACAAUCAUUUGUAACCUGUUCCUUGGCCUUUACUGAUGUUAUGUUGGUCUCAUUUAGCUUGUUUUAAAAUUAAACCUAAUCAGCAUUAGUUUAAGAAUAGGCUGAGAUUGAAAUCUAACAGCUAUUGCAUGGAGUUUAUUUUUAUUUUUAAAAAGUGCAUUUGAUUUGACGAUUAGAUGGCUUAUUGACAGCUUUAUUUAAAUACACAUACAUGGUGUUUACAGUUCGCCCGGCCUACGAUGUCGGCUACUGUGCAUUUGUAAACUUACAGCUAAUCUUUACCUUUACCAGUGUUCUUUCCUUUUAUUAUGAAUAUGGCAUGUUUCUUCCAACCAAAUGAUGCCUGUUUCCUGCUUUUGUUGCUCUUUGACAGUGAAAUAUUCUGGAUGGAUGCUGUAACAGGACACUGAAAUGUAUAAGAUAACUAAAUUACUGUGGUAUUAUUAUGGACAUUUCCCUGUAUACAUGCACUUUAAUGCACUCAUGCCACUGUUGCAAUAAACAUUACCUCAUGUA